CUUUUUUUAUUUCUGCGAUUCCAUCUCAUGAUGGACGCUCAUAAAACCAUCGUCGCUGGCGUGGCGGAUAGAGUUAAGCACUUUCACGCCCGCCAGGAACCGUUCCGUCUAUACCAUGGCUCAACUAACAGCACACGGCACUCAAACCGGCGUGUGGACAACACCGUCGACACAAGCAAGCUCAACCAUGUCAUCGAAGUGAACAAAGAUUCCAAGACGGUGAUCGUUGAACCAAAUGUCUCAAUGGAAGUCCUCGUUGAUGCGACUCUACCGCUGGGGCUUGUUCCGCUGGUCGUUAUGGAGUUCCCGGCUAUUACCGUUGGAGGUGGCUUUUCGGGGACGUCGGGAGAGAGCAGCUCUUUUCGGUACGGUGCUUUCGACGCGACUGUGAAUUGGAUUGAGAUUGUUCUCGCGGAUGGAACUGUUACGCGUGCUUCUAAAACGGAACAGCCGGAUCUUUUCUGGGGUGCUGCUUCGGCGUUCGGAACACUCAGUGUUGUUACGUUGCUGGAGGUUCAGUUGAAGGAGGCGAAGGAGUAUGUUGAGCUCAAGUAUCGGCUUGCGAGGGGGCCGUCUGAGUCUGUCAAGAUUAUCAAGGAGGAGUGUAAGAGAUGGGAGAAUGAUUAUGUUGAUGGGAUUGUCUACUCCAAGGAUACGACUGUUGUAUGUGCGGGACGAAUGGUGGAUGAGAUACCAACCAGUGCUACGCCAAGGCAACUGAAUCGACGGAAGGAUAAGUGGUUUUAUCUUCAUGUUGAAAAGGUUCGAGAUGGGUUACGGAUGGGAUCUGUCACCUGCGUCGCCGACUACAUCCCAUUGAAGGAUUAUCUGUUCCGAUAUGACAGAGGUGGAUUCUGGGUCGCCAAAUACGCCUUCGACUACUUUCUCACACCAUUUAACCGACUGACACGAUAUAUCCUGGAUCCUCUCCUACGAGCUCGCGUCAUGUACUCUGCUGGCCACAAGAGUAACCUGUUUGACUAUUACAUGGUCCAAGAUGUCGGAGUGCCUUACAACAGUGUACCGGAGUUUCAAAACUGGCUGGACAAGCAAUUCAGAAUCUAUCCCCUCUGGAUAUGUCCAUUACGAGUACGACGAGAAGAUCCGGACUCUGGAUAUGGUCUGCACGCAGAAUUCGCAAAACCUGGAACCGUGGAACUCAUGAACUUUGGAAUAUGGGGACCUCUGCAAGGAAACCGACGAGACGCUAUUCGACAUAAUCGAGCUUUGGAGCAAAAAGUACAAGACUGCGGAGGAAAGAAAUGGCUAUACGCCCAAGCAUACUACACAGAAGAUGAAUUCUGGUCACAUUACAACAAAGAAGCGUACGAUGCGCUAAGAGCAAAGUACGGAGCGUCGUAUCUACCGAAUGUCUACGAUAAAGUCAAAGUUGAUAUUGAAGGUGACGAGAAACUAAUGAAGUCAACUGCACGAACAGGAUGGCCGAUAAGGGGAUUGAGAGGAGUGUACAAAGCGGUAUUUGGGGGAGAUUAUCUGCUACAAAAGAAGAAAGACGAACCUCUAGAGCAGAAGUAAGCGAUGUGUUACUAUUAAUGUACAGCUCCAUCGAGCGAUGAUAGACAAUUUGAUACUCUGGGCAGGUCGCCUCCGUUAUGAACACAUUUUUCAUUAUUUAUUCCGCUCUGAAAGGACCCAUUGAACCACCUCCUUUUCUCCCACUCAACUCCUUCAUCGACUCGACUUCCUUCCCAUCUCGAAGCUCCCUGUAAUGAGAAGCAAUGCCUGGUUUUCCAGAUGGUUGACCGAUGUAUCCAAUCGCAGUCGAGUUGGCGGCUACCAUGUCGCUUUCGAGAGUUCUCUCAGGGGAUUUUCCUCGUGCGGGGAGCAUGAUGUAGACGCCGCCUGCGAUUACACCUGCAGCAGCAGCGAUGGGCAUCCUGGGAGUGUCAGUGG